CUCAACGAAAUGGAUAAUAAUAAUAUUAAUAAUAAUGGAGUGGGAGUGAGGAAAGGUGCAUGGACCAAAGAGGAAGAUGCUCUCCUCAGAGACUGCGUUCAUAAAUAUGGAGAGGGGAAAUGGCAUCUCGUUCCUCUCAGAGCUGGAUUGAACAGAUGUAGGAAGAGUUGCAGGCUGAGAUGGCUCAACUAUCUCAGACCUAAUCUUAACAGAGGCUUCUUUACUAAUGAUGAAGUCGAUCUCAUCGUCAGGCUUCAUAAAUUGUUAGGAAAUAGAUGGUCGCUGAUCGCCGGCAGACUUCCUGGGAGGACUGCAAACGACGUUAAGAACUACUGGAACUGCCAUAUCUCGAAGGGACCGACACCGGCCCGAGGAAAAACCCUCACCGAGAGCAACAUCGUACGGCCUCGGCCUCGGACCUUCUCCAACUCACAACCACCAGCUUGGUCGGCCAUGCUAAUCAGAUCCACGAAACUUCCCACAAACGACGAUCCUAACGGCCCUUCUUCAUCACUAGCAGAAUGCAUGCGGUGGUGGGGAGAGUUGCUCGAGAUCACGGAACGGGGAACAAAAUCCGUUUCUGUUUUUCCGACAACGUCCCGCCUGUAAUGGAGUCGGCCAGAAUCGACGAUCAAGAUGGACGGUGACUUGUUAUGUGAUGGCGAUAUAUGAUUUGGAGCUUCACCCACCAAUCAUUGAUAUAUAAUGUUAUGAAAGCUCCUUUUGCUUUUGUAUGUUGUUUUUCCUUCCACGUUCUCUAAAAUGAAAUAAGAGAUACACCAACACUCCUAUUAAUUAAAUAUGAGCCCCUCAAUAA